UAGUAAUCCCUCCUCGAUUCGAGCAGCGCUAGAGGUCUCUUCGUUUACCGAUCUGGAUUUGAGAGUCUCGUCCCUCAACGAGCAGAUCAAAGUCCAUGGAAGAAAGGGAAACGUAUAUGGAGCGCGGAGGAUCUUUGAUGCCAUUGGAGCGUCCCGAGAUUCUUAUUCCUGGAACUUUAUGCUCGUCGCAUAUACCCAGAAUGGGCAUCUGCGAGAUGCUGAGCAGCUGUUUGAGAGAAUGCCUUCCAGGAAUCUUGUGGCGUGGACGGCCAUGUUGGUGGCGUAUGCCUCCUUUGGAUAUCUCGAAGAAGCGGAGCGCAUGUUUCACCAGAUGCCCAGCAAAGACGCGCCUGCUUGGAAUUCUAUGCUUUCAGCAUAUGCCAAGAACGGGCAUCUUGAAAAGGCACGUCAGGUGUUUGAUCUUAUGCCCCACCGCAGUAUAUUGUCAUGGAACUCGAUUCUUUCAGCAUAUGCCCAAGCUGGGCACCUUGAAUCAGCCAAAAGUGUUUUUGACAGGAUCCCAGAACCCGACAUGAUAUCCUACAAUGCUAUUCUCUCGGCAUAUGUGAAUGGAGGAAUCUUGCGGGAUGCCAAGAAGAUCUUUGAGGGCAUGGCGCUGAGGGACAUGGUCUCGUGGGCGACACUGCUCUGUGGUUAUGCCCAAACCGGGCAUAUCUCUCAAGCGCAUGAAAUCUUUUUUGAAAAUAUGCCAGAGUGGGAUUUAAUUUCUUGCAGCUCAGUUUUGGUGAUGUAUUCCGGAGCCGGAAACAUCAACGAUGCUAAAACAUUGUUUGAAAACCUCCCACAAACAGAUCUAGUAGCCUGGAACUCUCUUCUUACGGCAUAUACCCAAACCGGGCAUCUCGAGAAAGCUAGGCAAAUAUAUCUUAGAAUGCCAGAGCACGACUUGGUAUCCUGGACGCUUAUGCUGACAGUCUAUCUAGAAGCAGGAAAACUUAUGGAAGCAGAAGAUAUACUCGUAAAGAUGCCACACAGAGACCUCGUAAGCUGGAACGCAAUGCUGACUGGAUAUGCCCAAUCCGGGCACCUUGAGAAAGCAAAAUGCCUGUUUGACUGCAUGCCUCUCAAGGAUGUCAUGACAUGGACGGGGAUGAUGUCAGCAUACGCUCAACACGAGUGUUUGAGCGAAGCAAAGCACCUGUUUGAUGACAUGCCACAACGAAACCAGGUGACGUGGACGGCGCUGCUCGUGGCAUAUGCCCAGAACGGGCACGUCAGCAUUGCCAGCGAGCUGUUUCGGGCAAUUCCGGAGCUGGAUUUGGUGCUGUGGACUGCCAUGCUGGCAGCACACGCCCACAACGGCCGCUACACAGAGGCAUUUGAAGUGUUUGAGAGAAUGAAGCCCAUCUUUCCUCCCGAGGAGCUGUGCUUCAACUCUAUACUCGUUGCUUGCAGCCAUGCCGGGAGAGUGUAUGCUGGGCGGCAGUACUUCCGAUCCAUGGUUGUGGAUUUCGGGCUGCGGCCGACGAGGCAGCAUUACUGUUGCAUGGUCGAUCUGCUGGGACGAGCCGGGCAUCUGGACGACACGGAGGAUCUCAUCAAGCAUAUGCCGUUCGAGCCGGAUGUGUUCGACUGGACGUGCCUGCUCGCAGCUUGUUUGGGUCACAAGGAGAAGAAGACCAUCGCAAACGCAGCGGCCAAAGAGGUGCUUCGUUCGAAUCCUCGCGGCCGAGCGGUCUACGUGUUGCUCAAUAAUGUGGGUGGCCACAUGACAAUGAAACAUCAAAAUACUCCAUCUUGACUUUUGUGGUGUCCGCAGCUGCAUUUGCGGAUAGAGCACGCUAUAUAGAGCAGAAGAGUGUGGGGAAAAGCUCCAGGGCAAAGCCGGCAUUUGAUAGGAUCUCGGCGGGGAUCUCAGUGACUACUUGAUCGAGAAGGUAGGCUCCAUCUUGUCCACUGAUCCAUCCGGCACUGCAUAUCAAAGUAGAGAGUGUUCGUCCACUAAAUCUCUUCUUGAUCU